AUGUACAAUAGCAGUACACGUUGGAGUAUAUUAGCACAGCCACGUAAAGCAUUCGUUAAUCCGCAAAGUGAGUGUCGCAUCAAAUGUCUCAACGGUGGCUUUUGCGCAUAUUUAGUUGACGAUCCAUCGAUACAUACGUGUCUUUGCUUACUUAACGUAUAUUACGGUGAUCGAUGUCAGUAUGCUGUUGUUGAAACGACAACGUUAGCAACGUCUGUUAUUCCGGAACGUCCGUUUUUACAUCAUUCCGGACGUGAACGAUCAGGAACUGAACAACAACGGUAUGAAUUAUCAUCACCGAUUAAAACAGAACAAAAUUUUGAUGAUAAAACAAUCAAAUAUAAUGAAAUGUCACAACUUGAUCACACUAAAGUAUAUCAAAUUAAACAAUCAAAAUCAACUGAGGAAACAAAAUUGGAAGAAAAUGAUUAUACGGAAGGUUGGGAUACAAGAACUGGUGAAGAUGAUGAAUAUUUAUAUGAAGAUCAUGCUACCGAUCAUUCAGAAUCGACAAGAACUGAAUCAUCAAUGCCAGCAUGGUUACAAGGAUCAGAUGAUUAUCAAAUGAUAACAGAACAUGGAAAUGCACAACGAAUUUAUUUAAACAAGAAAAAAACUGAUCAAAUGAUAACACGUUUAAAUAAAGAUAAGAGAAUGAAGAUUAAUGAGGAUGCAUUAGUACCAUGGACAAAUGAAAAUGAUAAUUUUGAUAGUGAUGAAACAAUGACAGAAACAGAUUCGAUGGAUGAUGGUUGGAUGAUAAGUAAACGACGACGUGUUAUCACUAAUGGUGCAACUGUUAUCACUAAUCACUUAUUGCAAUCAGUAUUCUUUAACAUUUUCAUUGUGAUAAUCUUAUUAAGGUGA